CCUGGCGCAGGCGCGUGCAGUCAUUUGUUUUUGUGCUGCGCUGCUUGUGCACAGAGCAACAUGGCGACGUCCCUGAUCUGUGGCCGGUUGUCCGCUGGACUGAGGAAUUCCGGCUCCAGGACGACUUUAAGCUCAGCAGCUAAGGUGCUUGGCGGGACAUCGGGUCUGUUUAGUAAUCAUGGGACCCAGUCGUCUCCAAUGCUGUCUGUGCAGCAGCAGAGGAACCUCUCCCUGCAUGAAUACAUGAGCAUCGGGCUGCUGAAGGAAGCGGGCAUCUCUGUGCCCGCAGGUUUGGUUGCCAGCUCGCCUGAUGAGGCUUAUGCCGUUGCCAAGCAGAUCGGCUCUAAAGACCUGGUGGUGAAAGCCCAAGUGUUGGCAGGUGGUCGAGGCAAAGGCUCUUUUGAGGGAGGAUUGAAAGGCGGUGUCAGAAUCGUUUACUCGCCAGAGGAAGCGAGAGAUAUCUCCUCAAAGAUGAUUGGCAAGAAGCUGUUCACUAAGCAGACCGGAGAGGCAGGGCGGAUCUGUAACCAGGUGUUUAUCUGCGAGCGCAGAUACCCACGCAGAGAGUAUUAUUUUGCCAUCACCAUGGAGAGGUCCUUCCAGGGGCCUGUGCUGAUUGGCAGUUCUCAGGGGGGUGUGAACAUUGAGGAUGUGGCUGCAGAGAAUCCUGAUGCUAUUGUGAAAGAACCUAUUGAUAUCGUGCAGGGAAUAAAGAUGGAUCAGGCUAUUAAGGUGGCAGAGAAGAUGGGUUUCCCCCCUGCAUUGAUCAAUGAAGCUGCAGAAAACAUGUUGAAACUUUAUGAUGUGUUCAUCAAGUAUGAUGCAUCUAUGGUGGAGAUCAACCCAAUGGUGGAGGAUUCCUCUGGCAUUGUGAUGUGUAUGGACGCUAAGAUCAACUUUGACUCAAACGCUGCCUAUAGACAGAAGAAAGUGUUCGACAUGCGAGACUGGACCCAGGAGGAUGUCAGAGACAGACAGGCAGCCAAAGCAGACCUCAACUACAUCGGCCUAGAUGGCACUAUUGGCUGUCUGGUCAAUGGGGCUGGACUUGCUAUGGCCACCAUGGACAUCAUUAAACUACAUGGUGGAACCCCUGCUAACUUCCUGGAUGUUGGAGGUGGAGCGACUGCACAGCAGGUGACGGAGGCCUUCAAGCUCAUCACCUCUGAUAAAAAGGUCCAAGCUAUUUUGGUGAACAUCUUUGGUGGCAUCAUGCGGUGUGAUGUCAUCGCACAAGGCAUUAUCAUGGCUGUCACUGACUUAGAACUGAAAAUCCCCAUCGUAGUGCGGUUACAAGGAACAAGAGUGGACGAUGCCAAGGCUCUGAUCGCUGCCAGCCCUCUGAAGAUCCUGGCCUGCGAUGAUCUGGACGAGGCGGCCAAAAUGGUUGUAAAGCUUUCUGAAAUUGUUUCGCUGGCCAAAGAGGCCCAGGUUGAUGUCAAGUUCCAGCUGCCCAUCUAACAGAGCAAGCCUACAAGCCACAUCACUAUUCUCACCAUCUUAUAUGAACUAAAUCUAACACACUUGAGCUUGUCUAGUUUCAGAUCUCCACAACCCCGUGUCCUGGUCAAACUUCUGUCAUCUCUUGUUUGUGUCUCUCUGCGGUUCCCCAUUCCUUCUGUGUCAUGAGUGCUUUCAUAUUGUAAAAGCACAUGUGUAUCUGCAUGGUGCAACUUUCAUUUCAUGCAAAUCAACCUCACCCAGUGCAGAGCCCAUCAAACCAAUCCACUAACAUACUACUGUUGGGUUUUUUGGUUCCAUUGGUUUAGAUCAGGUCAGUGUUACUGCCUACUCUCGUUUGUUUCAUCAAUGUUAUUGUUUGUUUGAGUUCUUAAGUGGAGGAUGUAUUUAUGUGGAACUGUAUUUAUACUGUUGAAAUGUACUUGGAGAUCCGGCUCUUUGGAUAAGAAUGUCUCGGACAAACUGAUCUUAACUUUUGCCACAUAUAUAUACACACACACAGUAUCGUUAAAAGACAAUCCCACCCCCUCUUUCUUUACCCUUCCUCCCUCCCUUCCUUCAUUCUGUUUCCCGGGGGGGAAUGAGUGUCGCUGCAGGAUGUCUUCGCUGUUCUCCUGAAGAGAAAUGCACCAUUUCCCUUUUAAGUAAACGCACAAGCACUCACAGGGAAUGUGUGUUAUUGGUGUUCUCUCAGUUUGACAUGGAGCCACCGGUGCAGCGGCUGCAGAAAAGAAUAAAAAUACUGAAGUGUCUCAGAGGAUGAUGUUUGAUUCCACUCAAAGGCUCUGUCACUGUCUAUUUUUGAAAUGUAGAACAUGUACUUCUUUGGCAAAGUAAGUCCCUUGAAUCAUCUUUCAUGUUAGAGUGGGUCCUGUAGUGAGAAUUCAACUUUCUAUAAAGAAAAGUGCUCUGAAUGUGGCAGCUCACAGUUUGAGGUCUGUAAUACCUCAAUCAUCCAUUAGCAUUCCUGUUCAUCUCAAUGGCAGAUGCCUAGCUGGUACAGGACUUCCCGAAAGUAUGUGAUAUAUGAUUUAUUUUUCCUAUAUUAGAUUUGUGUCUAAAACUGAACUUGGUAAAAUUGCAAAUGACUUGCUUCUUGCUCCUAAAUAAGGCUGCAUUUCACUGUUUAGAUUGAUUUUAGUGCAGUGCUUGACAUCAUAAAUCAUGACAUACUGUUAGAUAGAUUACAGAAUAACAUUGGUAUUCAGGAACAGGCAUUAGAUCAGGGUCUAAAAACAGAGUUCCUGGUGGGCUACAGCCCUGCAGUGUUUAGUGUCCGGUAAUUAAGCCCUUCAGGCCUGUUUGCAAACUACAUGGUAUAUGUGUUGGAUCAGAGUUCAGACUAAACUCUGCAAGGCUUGUCCCUCCAGGAAUUGGGUUGUUUAGAUCCUACCUGUCCUACACUUACUAUUUUGUCUCUGUAAAUUAGUAAGCAUGUAACCUUACAGUGUUUAAAAAUGAAGUGCAGCAAGGAUCUGUGUUAGGCCCUCUGCUGUUUUCAUAUAUAUGCUUAAAGAUGAUUAAAAUCAAAUAGAUGCAAAUAGUUAAUAAAAUAUGCCUAUAUUUAUUUUUUAAUGAAUUUAUUUUGAGUGCAGUAAUCUUGCCUUUUCUUAUGCAUCACAUUAAGUUUAUUCAUUUAUGCAAAUCUGUAAUACAAUUGUGUGAGACAAUUUAUUUGUUGCUUUCAAAACUGUUGUUUUUUUGUUCAACAGUACAGGUGCUUUUGAAAGCCCAAAAGUAACUGUACUGUACAAAGAUAGAAAGAUAUGUUCUGUAGACAGACAGUUUAGAUACCGCAUCUUCCAGCAUCCUAAAAGGAUCAUGCUAGCUAAAUUUAUGUUGUGCUAUAGCUCAGGUUAAUAUAGCAAAUAUUAGUCGACUGAUAAAUCCACUUCUGUUACAAUGUAUUAUUAGUGCUGACAUGAAAUGUCUUUAAAAUGCACUGUUCAGAUAAGUGCUUAAGUUGGGAUGAGUUUGGCUUCAGGCUGCCUGUUUCAAAUGAUUCAUGCUUUAAAUAAAUUAAAACGAUACA